GAAAAGAGUGCAGAAGGUGUAGCUAGAGAAUGAACAGAUCUGACUUUUGAUUGAUGUUGCGAGUUGUGCGCAAGACUUUAGUCUGAUAACUGAUUUCUGAUCCGUAAAAUCGUGUAACGUGUAACUAUAUCUCAUUUUGCAUUUCCCCUCAUGUCCCGGCAUUGACACACGUACAACAAUUAUAAAAAUUACGAGUUACAUCUUACCCUUUUGCAUUGUCAUCAUUGCGACAGACGAGUAUGGCCGAAAACAAGCCGAUGGAGGAAUUUGAGCCUUCCAUCAAAAAUGUGAUCGAACAACGUUCCUUACGAUGGAUAUUCGUGGGCGGCAAAGGCGGAGUUGGAAAAACAACUUGCAGUUGUUCUCUGGCAGUACAGUUAUCCAAGAUUAGAGAGAGUGUACUUAUCAUAUCCACAGAUCCAGCACAUAAUAUUUCCGAUGCAUUUGAUCAGAAAUUUAGUAAGGUACCCACAAAAGUCAAGGGUUUCGAUAACUUAUUUGCCAUGGAAAUCGAUCCUAAUGUUGGUAUUACAGAAUUACCAGAGGAAUAUUUUGACAGCGAAGGAGUUUCAGGAGGGGAAGCAAUGAGAUUAAGCAAAAAUGUUAUGCAAGAAAUUGUUGGUGCGUUUCCUGGUAUAGAUGAGGCAAUGAGCUAUGCAGAAGUUAUGAAACUUGUGAAAGGAAUGAAUUUCUCCGUUGUAGUAUUUGAUACUGCACCUACUGGACAUACUCUAAGGCUACUAUCAUUUCCACAAGUAGUUGAAAAAGGAUUGGGAAAAUUAAUGCGUUUGAAAAUGAAGAUUAGUCCUUUUAUUACACAGAUAAGUUCAUUGUUGGGAUUGGCAGAGUUCAAUGUAGAUACAUUUUCCAAUAAGAUGGAGGAAAUGCUUGCUGUUAUUCGGCAAGUUAAUGAACAAUUUAGAAAUCCCGAUCAGACGACUUUUAUAUGUGUCUGCAUAGCAGAAUUUCUAUCGCUAUAUGAAACGGAACGACUUGUACAAGAAUUAACAAAAUAUGGUAUUGACACUCAUAAUAUCAUAGUGAAUCAACUGUUAUUUUUGAAAGAAGGAGAUAGCCCUUGUCGACUUUGUCUCGCAAGACAUAAAAUUCAAGACAAAUAUCUAGACCAGAUAUUGGAUCUUUAUGAGGACUUCCACGUCACACGGCUUCCUUUACUAGAAAGGGAAGUGCGCGGAGCUCAACAGGUCAGGGAAUUUUCGGAAAAUCUUAUUAAGCCAUACAAGCCUUAGCAUUUAUGUAAUUAAUGAUUAAUAAUACAAUAUACACUUUAUAAUUAA